AUGGGGACGGACACUGCCGGGCGCUUGAACGAGGAGGCAACUGUUCGAUGGUGGAAGGAGUCUUUAGCAAUGCAGCCCUUGGGCACGCCUUGGUCCUUGGGCUGGGUCGUGGCCAUCAGCACCUGGCCGGGCAACGCGCGACCGGUCCCUCCCCUCGGCUCCGCCAGUAUCAGCCCACUAGUCGUAGGGAAUCUGCACGACCCGAACACCGCUUACACUAGCGCACAGCUUGCGCGUAGUGCCUUCCCGCAGGGCCACCUGAUGACUUGGCAAGGGUAUGGGCACUGCAUUGGCCUUAUCGGACCUUUGGGCGAGAUGCUGUCAGAAAGCUACAAGGAGGCAGAAGAGAGCAACCAGUUGAUGAACUACACAUUUUCCUUGGCGAAGUUUGCUUGUGUCUCGAAAAUCCAGGACUACUUGGAAACUGGGGAGCUCCCACUCGAUGGACACACUUGCCUCGUCCCCAGGCUUCUGGACACCGGGAGCACACCCGUGGCCAAAGGUCUAUUGUUCAUGCAGAAGCUCUAUGACAUCAAUGUCACAGACACCGAUCCCUCAACGGAAGUGAUCUAA